AUGUCCGCCAACGACUAUACAACCUUUCCACCAGGGACUCAUUUGUUAGAAGACGAUCACAGCAAUGUGAACGAGAAGAAAGAACUUAUUCUCAAACCUACGCCUUCAGCUGACCCCGAGGACCCAUUGAACUGGUCUACGCCGAGAAAAGCAUUGAACUUCGGACUCACUUGUUCAUACGUCGUAUUCACUUUUGUUCUCAUUGAUGUCGGCAGCACCCUGGUCAAAUACUACGAAAAGGACCUCCACCUGUACACGAAAGCACAGAAUAAAUCCAGUGGAGCCUCAUACGCAGGCCUCGCGAUAGGCGCUCUCAUUUUCAUUCCCUGUGUGCACAAGUUUGGUCGACGACCUAUUUACAUCAUAAGUGCAAUCCUUCAGUUUGUGGCGGCAAUUUGGGAUGCGAAAUUCACUUCCGAGGGUGAGUAUAUAACUAUUGGCCUGUUAUCCGGUCUAUCAGGCUCAACCUGCGAGGCUAUCGUGAUGAUUACCAUUGUCGAUCUUUUUUUCCUGCAUCAGCAUGCUCGCAUGAACGGUGUCUUCAUCCUCAUGCAGACCCUGGGUACGCUAGGCGGCCCCAUUGCUGCCGGGUAUGUUGCAGUAUAUGUCGGGUGGCGAUGGGUGUGGUGGAUAACCGCCAUCCUGUUGGGUACCAAUCUGCUGCUGGUUCUAUUCUUUUUCGAGGAAUCCAAAUACGUUCCACGAUCGGGGUCGGUUGGGAAGAAGAUCUCAAAAGAAAACCAUCGUGGGGAUGCCGAUGGCGCGUUAUCAUCAUCUGACAGUGGAGAGAUAUCAUCUGAGCCACAUAUGGAAUCUCAGACCUACUACCCUCGCAAAACAUAUCUUCAACGCCUUGCACUUGUGACGAAGACCGACGGCCCGAUGCUGCGGAACUUUUAUCGGCCUCUGAUUGCCCCUUUCUUCUUUCCCGCCGUUGCAUUCACGGCGUUCCAAUAUGGCAUAAUCCAGUCAUGGUUCUCUGCUACCGUAACAGCUGGAACCCAAAAUUUGUUCUACGCCCCUUACAACUUUCAACCAAACCAAAUUGGUCUAUUCAAUAUCGGAGGUUUCAUAGGUGUUGUCCUAGCUGGAAUCACCAUAGCUUUAGUGAGUGACCGGCUUGUUGUGGUCCAAGCUCGCCGAAACAAGGGUGUGUUCGAGCCAGAGAUGCGUUUGUGGCUGCUCUUCCCUGCCAUCAUCUGUAACUCUAUUGGCUCCUGGGUUUUUGGUAUCGGACUUGCUCGGGGCUGGCACUGGAUUAUCCUUGCCGCUGGCAAUGCAAUUUUCGGUUUUGGAUUCAUGAUCACCGCCGAUGUUGCUCUAACAUACCUUACUGAUACCUAUCCACUGAUCAUCAACGAUGCCCUUAUCUCCGUUGUCUUCAUCCGCAACGGUCUGGGAAUGAUUAUUAAGUUUGCAUUGAACAGCUGGCUCACUGGGAUGGGCCUCCAGAACGCAUUCAUUCUCAUCGGAUGCCUUUCUCUCGCAACUAUGAUCAUGCCGGCUUUACUCAUAGUCUACGGUAAGCGUGCUAGAAGACACUCUGCGCCCAAAUACAGAGAGUUUGCUGCCGAGCAGCAGUCUCAAAGAGCAGGUGCUUAG